GUUCCUUACAUUGGUGAUCAGUGGGAAGAAUGUUCCUUACAUUGGUGGUAUCAGUGGGAAGAAAGUUCCUUACAUUGGUGGUCAGUGAGAAGAAUGUUCCUUACAUUAGUGGUCAGUCUGAAUAACCUGCCCUUAAAUUGGUGGUCAUUGGGAAGAAUGCUCCUCUUACAUUGGUGGUCAGUGGGAAGAAUCCUCCCUUACAUUGGUGGUCAGUGCAAAGAAUGCACCUUACAUUGGUAGUCAAUGGGAAGCAUGCCACCUAUACAUACAAGUAAAAAGAUCUCUGGUGUCAUGCAGUUGGUUCUGCCAAGUGGGGUUUGCCCGGGACCUAUGGAGACACCAUAAGAU